AUGGCUGACAAGCAACCACCGCCGACCAAAGUUGAAAAGAAGCGACAGGCACCAACUAUGGCUUUGCCUAAGGAACCCAAAGAGAAGAAGGGCAUUCUCAGAAGCCUUUCAUUCCAGACCACUUACCUUUGUGUUCAGUUUUCCAAUCUUGGCAGAAGAAAAGACAAUCACUACGAUAUGACACCAGAAGAAACGACCCUUGGCGUGCAAUGUUACGGCACACUUUUCAAAAAGUACAAAAAGAAGAAUCGACCGGCCACAUGGUCAAAAAGGUUUUUUAUCCUCAAAGAGUGUUUCUUGAUAUACUAUUCAACUCGCUUCAAGAAAACCUUUCAGAAGAACAAACGGAUCAAUUUACAUCCAAAG